AUGAGACAGACCAUGAGACAGACCAUGAGACGGACCAUGAAACAGACCAUGAAACAGACCAUGAAACAGACCAUGAGACAGACCAUGAGACAGACCAUGAGACAGACCAUGAAACAGACCAUGAAACAGACCAUGAGACAGACCAUGAGACAGACCAUGAGACAGACCAUGAGACAGACCAUGAGACGGACCAUGAAACAGACCAUGAGACAGACCAUGAAACAGACCAUGAAACAGACCAUGAAACAGACCAUGAGACAGACCAUGAAACAGACCAUGAGACAGACCAUGAAACAGACCAUGAGACAGACCAUGAGACAGACCAUGAGACAGACCAUGAGACAGACCAUGAGACAGACCAUGAAACAGACCAUGAGACAGACCAUGAGACAGACCAUGAGACAGACCAUGAAACAGACCAUGAGACAGACCAUGAAACAGACCAUGAGACAGACCAUGAGACAGACCAUGAGACAGACCAUGAGACAGACCAUGAGACAGACCAUGAGACAGACCAUGAGACAGACCAUGAGACAGACCAUGAGACAGACCAUGAAACAGACCAUGAGACAGACCAUGAAACAGACCAUGAGACAGACCAUGAGAUAG